AUGGCAGAAAGAACCCGACCAGACAGACGGAUUUUCGGAGAGAUCAUUUUCCCCUUAAAUGCAAGACAGUUUUCAUCUACAUUCCUUGAUUUUUGCCGUAAUAGUCGAGGAUAUGGGGACGAUGUGAGAACUGAAGAUAAGGAUGCAACAAAAAGGCUGUUAAAACCUGCCUCAGCUGUAACAGACAACGGUGUAACUAACAAAUAUACUAUUCCAAUUUGUCAUCCGCUUGGCAACAUAAUGUGGGACUUCGUAAGACAAUGCACGGUGGAGGAGAGUCAGUCGAGAAAACAGGAGACUGACCCUUUGCGUGCAUGUGGUUGGAAUUCUCAAAGAGAAUAUGACUUCAUAAACAAUAACGCAUGUCAAAGUGAUGAUGAUGAUGACAAUAAGGAUGAUGGUGGUGGUGGUGGUGUCAAUGAUGAUGAUGAUGAUGUUGACGUUGAUGAUGAUGAUGAUGAUGUUGAUGAUGAUGAUGAUGAUGAUAAUGAUGAUGAUAUCGACAAUAGCAGUGAUUCCUCUCAGAAUAUUUUUCACUGUGUCAUUGAGCAAGCCAGUCUUUCAAAGGAAACCAAGUUGAGUUCAGAUUUAUUAAAUGAAGUUGAAAACAGGACCAGGGUCGAUAAUAAUUUCAUUCUAGAUGAUGGUUUGUGGGAGGUAGAGAAAAACAUACACAGUGAAGAACUAGUAUCAGCUUACUGGCACAGCAGGGGUAAUGGUAUAAGUAGUGAUUUCUCAAAUGGCAAGCAUCUUUCUGGCAAUUCAGUCAGAAAAAAUGGAAAAAAUUUAAAUGAAUCAUUGCUUAGUGACAAGACAGAAAUGAUCGAGCCAUUACCUUUUAAAAAGCAAGGAAAAUACCAUGGAAGAGCUGUUUCACCAUCUGUGACAAUGAAUCUCAAAGUGGAAGCUCUAAAUUCAAUUUUACACACUGAAACAAGACUCUCAAGAAAUGUUCCAAAUGAGGAUGUGGAUAUUUAUGGCAAGGUUGCUAUUUUGUAUGGUUCUCAGGAAACUGACAGUUCUCAUAUUUCAGUGCUUGAAAGUGAAGUAGUUGGUCUGUAUGACUACAUCACAGGGAUUGUAGAAACAUUAGAACGACACAGGUGCAGACAUGAGGAUAACCAUGAUGGAUGCGAGGUAUGACGUUUCUUAUGUUUGGGACUGGAUAGAUUCCAGUUACAGUAAAUUAUUUGAAAAUUGAAUCCAUCAGUCGUAGCUGCCACUGGUAUCAAAUUCAGAUAUGCAUUCCUGCAGUAAAAUGAACACUGAAUUUUAGACAAAAACUACCUUUCUUGUUGGUCAGAUUGAAGAAAAAAUGAACUCAAUUUUCAAAUAACAAAUCCACUUCAAUAGAAUCUAUGGUCGUAAAUUUUGAUGUUCUGGGGGCAUUCCAGGAGAAAACUCUAAAGUUAUUUUCAUGUAUAACUGAACUUCUAAUAAUAAAUAUUGGGCUCGAUCAACCCUCCCCAUCCCUGCUAGGAGGUUAGUUAUAUCUAUUUAGUUAGUUAGAUUUAGUGGUUUCUGUUUCUUGUUUAGAAUACCAGUACCAAAGACCCCUUACCAUCAAGGGUAAACACAUUUGUGCAUCUCAGUGCAUUCCUGGACCAACAUUAUCAAAUCUCUUAA